AUGGAGAUCAGAUACAAUAACGAAGUGAAACGUAGGAAGGAAACAGAAGAAGCACUUGCUAGAGAAAAGGAAGAACUAGAGCAAGUAAAGCUUCAACUUGUAACUCUCAAAAUCAAACAUGAGGAUAUGUGUAUCAAGGCUGAGGAGUUCGAGGGCAAGUCCAAGAGCGAGCUGAUUCUCACGAUAGCUAAUUUGAAACAACAACUAGCCCUUGAAAAACUCCGCAAAGAUGCAAUGCGAAAAGAGAUGGACAAUGCUCUCAAAUUAGUCAAUGAGAACACAUCAAAACAUCAGAAUAUGUGUAUCAAGGCUGAGGAGUUGGAGAGCAAGUACAAGAAGGAGCUGAUUUUGAGGAAAGCUUACAACAUAGAUGCAGAUGCGAUGCGAGAAGAGAGGGACAAUGCUAUCAAAUUAGUCCAUGAGAUCACAACAACAAAGCAAGAGGUGAUGAAAGAUCCACAAUUGACAAGCGAUGGAUAUACGUACGAAGCAGAAGCAAUUAAGAGAUGGAUUAACAAAGGUCAUGAUACAUCGCCAAUGACAAAUCUCAAGCUUUCUCACACCAACCUUGUCCCUAACCGAGCUCUCCGGUCAGCUAUUCAGGAGUUGGUUUGA